AUGAGGCGUUUUUACCCACGGAACGAGGUCUAUCGUCCUGACAGAAUUACCUUGAACCCGAGGAAAAGCUAUAUAUGGCCAGAGGAUAAGGAAAGGCCCCAAAAAAUGGGAAAGGUAGAGGCAUUUCGGAAAGUCCAAAAAAUACAGCAAUUUCAACGAGCUGUUCGUUCUCGUGCUUUGAGUCGUCUAAGCAAGCAUAAUGACCAGACUGGGUCUGAUGCAAGUCAAUCGGGUUCGGACCAGAUUAUGUUCGAUGCAAGUCAGCCGGACUUUAAGAACGACACUAUAGAGGUGUAUAACGAUGCUCUUAAAGAGGUAGACUCUGAAAACGACACCGUUGCAAAUACCGAGAUUCCUGAAGAGGUAGACGGUAAUAUCGCAACUGACCUCAAAACUGAGAGUAUUGCCUUUCCUUGUGGCCGGAGACGAAGCUUCGGAGGAACAUGCCACAGUCCCGAUGAUAUCGCCACUGAUAAUAUUAUCUUCCCGCCCGCUGGGAUUUUUUUCUUAAGCCCUAGGGCUGGGAAAGAACGCUCGCAUUUAUUAGCGGCCAUAUCAGAAUACUCUCGAGAGGUCAGGAAAGGAAAGGCCUUGGGUAGUACAGAAGUAAUACCUGGCGAUAUCCAAUCCUCGCAAUGGAAUGAGAGCACGCUGGGAGAGGAUACUACUCUUCAUAACGGCAAUCCUCGCAAACGGAGUCGAACUGAAGAAACUGGGGAUGAAGAAACUGGGGAUGAAGAAACUGGGGAUGAAGAAACUGAGGAUGAAGAGCCAAAGUCGAAAAUUAGCCGACUUAGAUACAGCUUCUAUAGAGAAAUCGGCCACUAA